AUGAGAAUGCGGUCCCCUCAACCGGCGCAGCAGGUGGUGGCUCCCCAAAGCCUUAACCCUCCAUACAAUCCCGCUAAUUCGCAACCGCCGAUGACGGAAACUCCGAUGACGGAAGCUCCCAGAGCAUUAACAGCGGCUGCUGCACAGGGGGUUGAAAGAACUUAUUCGCCAGCACAGGCACCCUACUAUCACUACUACUCAGGUCUACCUUCUCAGAAGAUGAACUCCUUCGCGCCUCGGACGGCAACACGUCUGGAUAAGUCUGGUAAGUCCACCGCAGGCGUCGAAGGAGUACGUCCGGCCACAGACUCCAUGUGCGUGUCCACCUUGGAAGUGGAGUCCCAGUAG